AUUUCUUUUUGUUAUUCAUUCAGAUCCACAUAUAUGGCCAGAUGUUCCUGAACUUACCCUGACAUCAGGGGCUGAUCUCACACUUAAAUGUACAGGAGAUGUACCUGUAAAAUGGAAUAUUGAUCAAUAUGAUUCAAGUUUACUUAUAGAAAGAAACUCCUCAAUCGACAUAUCACAAGGACUGGCUAAUAAUAGUUAUAUAUCUCUGCUAUCUCUAAGUAGAGCAAGUUAUUUAGAUACUGGAUACUACUACUGUGAUCCAUUGUCUGAAGUCCCAGGAGUAGAUGAACACAAUUCUAAGAUAUAUUUAUAUGUUCAGCAUGAUACACAUUUAUUAGCGAUUCCUGAAAAUUUAGUUUUAUUAUCUCAGAACGAAUUUGGUGAUGUUAUUAUUCCUUGUCGGCCAACAUCACCAGAUAUAAACGUAACAUUAAUAAAAGACGAAGAAGAGCUGGUGCCUGGUAACACAUAUAAUGGCAUGGAAUUGCAAUAUGACCCAAAGUAUGGAUUCCUUCUCAAUUCAGUGACAAUGUUUAGUUCGGGAUUUUAUCAUUGUCUUGCUGAAUACUAUGAAAAAAAAAGUCAUGCAACUUACAAUAUUUUUAUUAAUCAUUACUGAGAAUUUAGAGUAUGAUCCGAAAAUAGGAUUUACACUUAGGUCACCUUCAGUUCAAGAUUCUGGUGUAUACUAUUGUGAGGCAAAGAGAAAUAACAUCAAUGAAUUACGAGAAUUAACUAUUCACAUUAAUCCUAAAGUGCAUAAAGUAGUAAUGCCUUAUAUCAAUAGUAGUGAUGCACAUACAGGUCAUUUAAUUAUUGGUCAAAAUUUAACCCUAAACUGUUCUGUAAGCAUGGAUCUUGGUAUUUCUUUCACAUUACAUUGGAAAGUUCCUAAUGAACAGAAGCUCCAGGCUGGGCAUGUGUUAAUUGGCAAAGAAAAUGUCUAUAAUGGUUUGAAACUCGGAGUUGGUAAUUGUGUUGGUAGUCGAUUGUUAAGUAUUCAAAAUGUAACUUCCGAAGAUGAAGGUGAUUAUGUUUGUGAAGUAAUGGUACAUUCUGGACAUAAGAACCGUGCUACAUACAAGCUUAAGGCAUUCACACCUGAUAUGACUUAUUUAAGUUUGUCAGUUCAAGGUAAUGUUUAUGUAAUAACACGUAGAGCAAGAACUCGGCAGGUACAAUGGAUAAUUCAAGUAUCCGCAUACCCAAAACCAUCUCUUGUAUGGAGAGAUCCUAAUGGUAAAGAAUUAGGGAUGAAUCCAGAAAAAGUAUCAGUGGAAAAUGACAAAAGUACAUCCAAAUUAGUAAUAAAAAAUUUAGAGCUGUUUGAUUCUGGUACAUAUGAAUUAGUUGCAGAUAAUGAUGCACAUGUAAAACAAAUUACUGUAACCUUGCUAGUUGAAGACAAACCAAUAGUUGAAAUAAUCAAUAGUUCCAACUCAAGAGUAUUUCAUGAAUUGGGAAAAAUGUAUAGUGUUGAAUGUUAUUUAGGUGGUUAUCCUUUGCCAGAAGUUGAUUGGGCUUUUAAAAAGUGUCCAAAUUAUCCUGAGUGUGAAGAAUCAUUUACCCAUAUUCCUAGAAGCAUGUAUAAAGAAACUGUGUUUAAAGAAACAUUCCUUAUAUCAUCAAUAAAUAUUACUGCUAUUGAAACUGGAAUACUUUUUUGUAACGCUACAAAUGAAUUUGGAAAUUCUAAUUAUAGUUCUACAUUUUUUGUCACUGAUGUAUCAAAUGGGUUGGCUAUCAGAGGACCACAAAUUGUUGUUGAUGGCGAUGAUAUAACAAUUGAAUGUGGGGCUUCUAAAUAUAUGUAUAAUGAAUAUAUUAAAUGGAUAUUUCGAGAUUUAAAUGAUAGAGAGAAUCCAGUGAAUAUUGAUAAGAAUGUCAUUUUAACCAAUAAUAAAACAGAACUUUCGUAUCGUUCAUAUUUAUUGAUAAAAAAUAUCACAAAUAAAUUUGAUGGAGAAUAUUUGUGUAUAGUACCCGAAUUGCAAGAGUUCAAUUCAGCCACAAUAGUGUAUUCUGUAUUAGUCCAGAAAUCAAAAAUACCAGCUAUUGUGGUUCCAUCAAAUUCAAGUAUUUCGAGAGUAAAAACUGGUAAUUCAACCCAACUUAGUUGUUAUAUUAAAGAAGGCAUGCCACCACCUACUAUUACAUGGUUUAAAAAUGGCCAAAUAUUAAAGGUCAAUAUAAAUGAUAGUAGGCUUGAAUUGCGGGAUAAAAAUCAAACAUAUGUAGUAAAGUUUGCUGCAUUAGAAGAUGAAGGCAAUUAUGUGUGCAAUGUUUCAAAUAAAGUUGGCAGUGCUAUUUUAACCUAUGAAUUAAUCAUUCAAGAUAAACCUUUAGAGCAUGAACAUUUUAGUCUCAUUGCUUUUUGUUCUGUGUUAACUAUUCUUUUGGGAGUUCUUAUGAUAUGCUGUGCUGUACAUUUAAAGAGAGAAAAGAAAUUAAAAAAAGAAUUAGCUCUAGCUGGUCUAUUACACUUUGAGAAUGGUGCUGUUGAAAGCUGGAAUCCUGAUUUGGGGAUUGAGGAACAGGCAGAACUACUUCCUUAUGAUAAACGAUGGGAGUUUCCUAGAGAUAAACUAAAACUUGGUAAGCAAUUGGGUUCGGGAGCAUUUGGAGUUGUCUUUAAAGCUGAGGCAAUUGGUAUAAUUGAUAAAGAUACCACUACAACUGUUGCUGUAAAAAUGAUUAAACCAAACACAGAUCCGUCAUACAUAAAAGCCUUAGCUUCUGAAUUGAAGAUUAUGAUACAUCUUGGUAGGCAUUUGAAUGUAGUUAACUUACUUGGAGCUUACACUGGAAACAUAAACAAAAGAGAAUUGAUGGUGAUUGUGGAGUAUUGCCGUUUUGGAAAUCUCCAUCAAUACAUGUUGAAACAGAGGGAUUGUUUUGUGGACCAAGUUUCAACAGAUGGCUAUUUAGAUUACAAUAUUAAAUCAAUAUCUAAAAAUCCAUACUAUGUAAAUGUUCCUAACAAAACCAAUUUACCUGAAAAAUGUGAUGAUAGUAGUACCCAAAUUGGUUCUGAUGGGUAUUUAGUCCCUGAUGAAGUUGAACCCGAGUGGCGGAGCAAUUACCGUGGAGAUUAUAAAAAUUUGAUUGUUAAACCAUCAUGUACCCACGACUUAAUAUGUUGGUCAUUUCAAGUAGCACGAGGCAUGGAAUAUCUUGCUAGUAGAAAAAUUCUACAUGGCGAUUUAGCAACGAGAAAUAUUCUAUUGGCUGAAGAAAAUAUUGUUAAAAUAUGUGAUUUUGGAUUUGCAAAAACUAUGUACAAUAGUGAGAAUUACCAAAAAAAGUCUGAAAAGGAUCUUUUGCCAGUAAAAUGGAUGGCAAUUGAAUCUCUCCGUGAUCGAGUUUUUUCAACACAAUCUGAUGUUUGGGCAUUUGGUAUUGUUCUGUGGGAAAUAUUCUCAUUAGCAGUUACUCCAUAUCCAAAUAUUCAAAAAUUUAAUGACCUAUUCAAUAGACUGGUUGAAGGUUAUCGAAUGGAACAGCCAAAAUAUGCCAAUUCUGAAAUAUACAAUAUAAUGUUAGAUUGUUGGAAAAUGAAUCCUAUGACAAGGCCAUCAUUCACUGAUUUAGCUGAACGUCUGGGCGAUUUAUUACAAGAUGGUACUAAAUCACAUUAUAUGAAUUUAAAUGAGGUAUAUAUGAGAAUGAAUACGGAAGGAUCAGUUUCAACUGAUUACUUAAGUCUUUUAACGGCACCGACAUAUUUGAAUUGUUCAACCGUGUCUGAAAACAAUUUAAAUUCAUGUCUAAACAGUUCUGAACAUUCAGAAAACAAAGAUGAUUUGGAAUUGAGACCUAUGUUACAUAAUCCAGUUGAGUGUUCUGGUUAUAUAAACCUAACAAAACCAUCAUCUUUUUCUAACCCCAAUUAUGAUGUUGUUGAUAAAUCCAAAAAUUAUUCAUACUUACAAUCACCGUGUCCAAGGUACACAUUUCAUAUCUUGCUCAUUAAAUUACAUGACUUUUUUGCUUUUUAUUAACUUAUUAAUUCUUUAAAUGCUUAUUACUGCUUAUUGCUUAUGUCAAUGUUUAACCCUUGUCUAGCAUAUUAGCUUACUAUAGAAUUAUACUUUUUCUAUACUCUGUUUAAUAUUAUAAGAGUAACCAUAGACAAGAUGGGUGUGGCUAACAUGAGCUGAGUGCAGCGCUCAUUGAAAUGUCACUUUUUAUCCCAAUAACCGCUUAGAUUGUAUUUUUCUAAGAUUAACACGAUAAACCAUUACUAAUAAAAGUCAACAAAAACCGAUUUAAUCAAGGAACCCUAAUCUGAGCCAGGCAAAAAGUGGUUGCUGCCUUAAGUUUCUCUUAUGUGAGAUAGAGUGUAAGAGGAACAAAGUAGAUUUAUGGUGUAUAAUAUUAGAGUUAUAUAACUGAUUAUCAAAUAUAAAUAUGAGUACUCUAUCAUAGUGUCUUAAUGUUGAAUAUUCUUUUUUAUAUCUAAUGUUUACUAUGUAUAAAAAACACAGAAGUAAAUAAUAAUUAUAAUGUAAAUAUCUCACUCUUAAAAGAAUUAAAAUAAACCCUGACACAAAUAUCCACCAAUGUAAACUAAUACUAAUACUUUGCUUUGGUAAUAGAUUAAUGAAGUCUUAUAUUUACCCAGAGCUCUUCAAAAUGUAAACUUUUAAUAUUAUUCAUAAAAUAGAUAAACAUAUCAAAUCAAUGGGUUUUUCUUAAAAAUUUGAAUUAAUUUUUUUUAUAUUUUUUACGUUUAUUGUGUCACAACAUUACUGUAACACCCUAAAGAUCUUCAAGAAAAAUCAAUUAAUUUUAAUGUGGUUUUUUUAAUAGUAAUCUAUAAACAAUUUCGAUUUAAUGACAAUUUCAAAAAAGGUGGGUAAGUGGAUGUCGCUCUGCUGUACAGUAGAUAACAAGUGGGUCACUGUAUAAUGAA